AUGGAAGAUCUUGAACUUGAACUACCGUUUGAUUAUAAAGUUUUAUCAAUCGUCUCAAACUUUGAUCAUUUAUUAUCACUCACAUUAUCACAUUUGGAUCAUUAUCCAUUUCAAUUGCAAUCGUUACUCGACAAAAUGCCUCGUUUGUUGUCAUUGAAGUUUCGAUCAUGGUGGUCCACAGAAGAAAUGCCUCCAUUCGAUAUUAAGUGUCCAUCAGUUCGUUAUCUUGAUCUACAAGGAGUUAAUGAAUUCCAUCGUCCUCACUGUUUCAAUAUUCAACAGUGUAAAACGUUGAGCAAGUCACCCCUAGGUAUUAAAUGCCAAGAACUUCGAAUUGAAGUAACAGAUGUACCGAACAUACUUGAACUUGUAUAUAUGAUGGAGAAUCUUCGAACACUAUAUAUUACAUAUUUUCAUGAUUCACGAAGUCAUCGACCUGAUGUUGUUAACUUGAUACGACAUUAUGCACCACCGACAACGAUCGUGACACGAAAAUAUUAUGGAUACAUUACUCUUCGAUUGUAA